UUUAGAGUUUAGGUUAAAUGACUAGAAAGCUGAAUUUUAUCUUGUAAAAAACAUAAACUUUGGUGGUUGGUUAAAAAAAAGCUAAAAGUAAAAGCUUCGAACUUAGUAGUUUUUAUCAUUUGAAAGUAUUUUUAUUUCAAAAUUUUAACUUUUUACAUGUAAAGUACUCUGUUAUGGAAUGUGCUAUGCGACGUUCAUUGUAAAUCAUAAAAUAUAUAAUACUCCAUAAUAAUCUACUUUAUUACCAUUCACAAUUUUUUGUAGUGACGUUUGUUGAUGUGGUUUUGGUGCGGCCAGUUGUUGAGUGGGAAAACUAAAUGGGAAAAAUCAAGAACCAUAAGAAGAAAUGCAGUGAUGAUUCAGAUCCAGCGAAACUGAAAAAACGUAAAGAUAGUGAUGUCGGUUCAGAGAAUGAAAAUGAAGCUCCGAAGAAGAAAAGGCGAAUUUCGAAGAAGCGCAAACGGGAUUCUUCUUCAUCGAGCUUUACUUCGUCCUCAUCAUCAACCAGUAGCAGCAGUAGUGACUCGUCUUCGGAGAAUGAAGAAAGAAACAAGAAGAAAAAGCUGAAGAAAAGGCGGAAACAUGCCGAGUCAUCUUCAAGCACGUCUUCGUCUAGCAGCGACUCAUCUUCCGACGAAGAAGGAAAGAAGAAAAGAAAAAUGGAUAAGAAUCGGAAGAAACUUAAUAAAAAACAAAAAAAGCACAGAUCGAAGAAGGAAUCGUCUUCAAGUUCCUCAUCGAGCAGCAGUUCCAGUAGCACCGACUCAAGCAAUGACGAGAAAACCGUGAAAAAGAAGAAACCGAAGAAAGAAAAAGCAAACGAAAAAUCGAAAAAGAAACCUGAAGAAGACGGUUCUGCAGACAUUCCUUUGCACUUAAUGGAAAAGAAUAAAGCGAUGGCGCCUAUGACUAAGGAGGAGUGGGAAAAGAAGCAGUCUGUUGUCACCAGGGUGUACGAUGAGUCUACUGGACGACACAGGCUGAUUAAAGGUGACGGGGAAGUGUUGGAGGAAAUCGUCAGCAAGGACCGGCACAAAGCAAUCAAUCAAAAAGCCACGGCAGGAGACGGGGACUAUUUCCAGGCUAAGUUGUCGGAAAAGUUGAAAAAAUAAAUAAUACGACUAUAAAGUGUUAAAUUCUAUUUUUAAUUUAUAGAUACAUAACUUC